AUGGACGAACAAGAAAACGAGCUCUUCGCUGAUUUUUCGGGCCAAUAUAAUAUUACAUUGACGGCUACAAGUAGUCGAAGUUCACCUUCGUUCACCUCCAAUACUGACGGACUUCGACUUGUGCAAGAGAUAGAAAAUGAGGCAGAAAACAUUACGUAUGACGAUAGCGAAUCAGAAGAAUCAGAUGGAGACGAAUCGGUCGCACAGUACUUUUCCGACCCUAAAUUAGCUGAUGCGGAGGAUGCAUUGAACUUGGGUACUAUUGAUUAUUCAGAUAUGGAUCGACAGUUUCUUGAGACUCCGGGAACCGGAACAUUUACGAGUGUCUCCCAAACAGGAACAUAUAUGCAUCGAAAAAUACGCGUAGAAGAUGAAGAUGACGAUGACGAUUACACGAGUCCCGAAUUGAACUAUUUAAAUCAGUUUGUGAACUCAUUUCAAGCGAAAUCUCAUAGCUUGCCAGAGUUUGGGGAAAAUAACGGAGGUCAGAUGAUAGGCUAUAAUUAUGGUGACCGACCUACUAAAAGUCACGACGGUGAUGACGAAAGAAGCGAGCGAAGUAGUGAUCAUUCAAAGCAACAAGAAAUUAAACCUGAAGUAGAAUCACCUUCACUUUCUACUCGCUACAACCUUUCAGAUUUGAAAGGCUCGAGUGAACGAGAGUAUCAAGAGGCAAUUGGUGAGAAUAGCAUGGUAGAUGAGGAUGUAAUUUCUUUGGGCUAUUCCAAUAUAAUAAGGGAAAGAUCGCGACGAAGAAAAAAAAAAGCUAUGUCCGAUAAGCCUCAAUCAAACCAACAAAUAUAUAUUGAAGUAGAAAAUCUUCAAAGUCAGCAAAGAGGCCAAGAGGGCAUAGAACCGCAGGAACAAGUAUGGCAAGAGCAAAUACGUCUAGCCAAAGAACGCACGGAGAAAGAACAAGAAGAACAAUUACGUGCACAAUCACUCUACAAUGAACAAAUAAGAAAACAAAAGGAAGAACAAGAACAAUUUCUAAAAGCCCGAGAAGACGGGGAAACUUCUCGUUUAGAAGAUGAAUAUAAUGAUCUAAUUAAACGACAAAAUGAAGAAUUACGUAAAAAAAAGGGGGAAGAAGAAAAAAUCCGCAUAACAAAUGAACACAAGGAAAACCUGCGAAAACAACAAGAAACAGAAGAAUUGAUGCGUAAACAACGUGAACAAGAAUUAUUACAGCAACAAAAGGAACAAGAGGAAAAUGAAAAAUUUAAGAGGGAACAAGAAGAAAAAGAAAAUCAGGAAAAAAUUCAAAGAGAACAUGAAGAAAUACUUAAACAGGAAAGAUUAUUGAAACACAAGAAACAAGACGAAAAAACACUAAAAGAAAAAACCAAUCAAAUUGAAGAAAGUGAUGAACAUUUACGUCAAAGACAUGAACAAGAGGAAUCUCUUAAAAAAAAGGCGCUUGAAGAACGAAUACGACAAGAACAAGAGCUUGAGGAGGAAUUACGUGUUGCUAAAAAACGUGAAGAGCAGGAAUCUAAAAAACAGCAACAGGAACCUUCUCGAAAAACACCUCCACCUGAAUCAAUCACCAAUACAGCGCAAACUCCUCUUAAAUCCACAAACUCUUUUCGAAUGUUUGAUUUUUCUUCAAACGCAACUCCUGGGAAACCAGGGCCAGACCGAGAUUAUCAAAAUAUGAGCAAUAUACAUGGACCGAUUGCCGCAUUACACACCCUAACCGAUAAUAUUCAACAACUUGAAUCGGAUAAGAUCGAGGCCGAAAAUAAGAAUCAAGAAUUAUUAAAGGAAAAACAGAAGUUAGACGAAAAGAUUAUUGAAUUGACAUCCGAAAAUCAAAAAGCCAAGCAACAAAUUAUUCAAUUACAGACGAGCAAUAAUCAACGGAUUAUCGAUUUAGAAACUGAAAAUAAGAAAGCGCAUAAUCGGAUUGCCGAAUUGGAAACAACAAACCAAAGUAUUAAUCAGCGAAUAGUUGAAUUGGAAAAUGAAGUUCAAAAUACACGCCAUUUACUACAAGAAGAAAAAUCGAAAAAAAUUCCUAAUCCCGUUGAACCGAAAGACUCAGGUGACCAGAAUUCGAAUAUAAAUCAAGAAUUGAAUGUAUCAGAAAAAGAAAGAUUUGAAGCACUCGUCAAUACGCUUAAGGAAGAAAAUGAUGCGUUACUUCGACAAUUGGAAUAUAGUAAAAACUUUACACAGAAAGUAUAUGAAGAACGUAAUGAAGCCCAAAAAACAUUAUUAUCCGCACAACAAGAAAUAAUAAAACUAAAAGAAGAUAUUGAAAAAUUGAAAAAAUUAUCUUCACCACAGAAAAAAUCUCCACUUCAAACAAAUUCCCAAGUGCCAGUCUUCAAUUUUACUCGAGGUUUUUCACAACCAUCAUCGUCUAAAUUUAAUCAGUCAGGAGAAAAAAAUGAGUUUGCAAAACCUGGAUCUUCAAAACCAAUGAACACAUUACAAGAAGAAAAUGCAGAAUCUGAGCACCAAUAUGAGAAUACAUCAGAUUUUGAUUCUGAGGAAGAAAUUAACUCGGAUGAACUUCGAUACAUUCAAGAAGAAAUCGAUGCAAGCCGUCGAAAGCGUGAAGCUGAAAGUAAUGAAAAUACUAACGAGGAAGAGGAGGAAGAGCAUCGAAAUGUAAGAAAAUCUCCAUCUGUUCCCGAAGAUGAUAUUUACCGAAAUGAAAAAAUCAGAAGUCCUCGAAUCUUUAAAAAUAAAGAUUUUUACCAAGCUUUUGACCAAAGAACUCAUAGUGCAAGGGAAGAGAUGGGUACAAGAAGUCAAACAGGAUACCGUCAUGAUCAAAAACAAGAUAAUAAAUAUUAUCGUAAUCAAGAUCGGGACAAUGACCUAAAUAACGAAGAGGAUGAUUCCGAGGAUAAUCGAGAUCACGAUGAAUUGGAAGAUGAAACUGAUAAUUCUCAUGAUGAACUUCUUCCCAAUCAGCCAAUGUGGAGAGAUGCCAAAGAUAAUAAAUCGUAUCUCCGACGCAGGGAUCAAAACUCGAAUGAACCCAACCGUUCUAAAGAAUCUUCAACAAAACGACCUAACGAAAGAGAGAGACAUAUACCUUUUAUUGUUGGAAUGGGUUACGGAAAAUCACAUUCGGUUACGGUCAAUUUACAACGGACACUUGACAUGGUGAAAAAUCAUAAUCCAGGCUCAUGCUCUGUUUGCAAAAAGAGAAAAAAUAGAUCAUCAAAUGACACUAAAGAACAGAAACGUGGUGGAAAUGAUCCACCUGUUUCAGCAUUGGAGGGCGUUAUUAACAAUCUUACCGAUGAAUUAGAACAUUAUAAAAUGUAUUAUAAUAGCUUGGUUGAAGAAUAUCAAAAAAUGGAUUUAAUAGGGAAUAAAAGCAAGAGAAAUGCAAUCAAAGACAAAAUCAAAGAGGCAAUGGACAAUAUGGAAUUAAAGUUAAUUUACAAAAGUCUGUUCCCACACGAUCUACCCAAUCAAGGCCUCAUACAGGAAGAGCAACUACACAUGCUACUAGACAUUCUAGAUCGAAGACUAUGUCAAAAGCUGAAAGUUUAA